CCACGCGCCCCAUCUUCACGGAGUCUCUGCGUAACCUGACGGUGCACGAGGGUGACGAUGUGAUGCUCAGGGUGCAACUGUACGUGGAGAACACCCCUACACCAUACCUGGUGUGGUGCCGGGACAAACUCCACGUCUACAACUCCAGCGGUGAUGACUCCAUGACGCUCCUAAAUCCCCCCAAAGAUGGAGAUUUUAACUGCGAGGAGGGCGGGGCUAUGAACGCCACCGAAGAUCCGCAGGUUCUGGUGCUGAACAACGUCUCCUCUGCGGACCAGGGCUGGUAUACCUGCCUGGCUGCUAACAGCAUUGGUACUUCGUCUAGUACUGCGUACCUCACGGUCCUGCCAGUGACGAACCGUACGCGUCUCACGGACUACACGAACCUGGUCAAGACGGUUGACAACCAGACGUUGUUCGCGGUGGUGGCCGUCCUUGGCAUGUUGGUCACGGGCGUGUUCAUGACGGCCGUGUUCGGGUGUCGCAAGUGGCGACAGGAGAAGAGGAGGAACCUCGAACUGGAGCGAUCUACCGAGACGUACAAUCCGCACAUAAAAAAGGUCAUUGUGGAGCGGUUGGAGAACGAACACUCAGAAGAGCCGCUGCUGGUCCCCAACAUCAAAAUCGAGCGCUGUCCGUCCCGCCGCUGUGCUGGAUCAUCUCCUAACCAGAGCGUCUCCGAGUACGAGCUUCCUUUGGACAGCGCCUGGGAGCUGCCCCGAGACCACCUGCUGCUGGGGGACGCCCUUGGUGAAGGCGCCUUCGGCAAGGUGCACAAGGCGGAGCUCUUCUCUGCAGACCGCAAGAUCAGCACUACCGUUGCCGUCAAGAUGCUUAAGGAGGGCCACACAGACUCAGAGCUCAUGGACCUGGUCUCUGAAAUGGAGAUGAUGAAGAUCAUCGGCACGCACCAGAACAUCAUCAACCUGAUCGGCUGCUGCACGCAGGACGGACCUCUCUUCGUUGUGGUUGAGUAUGCACACUACGGCAACCUGCGGGACUUCCUUCGUAACAGUCAGCCCCAGGCCCUGGGCUACGAAUGUGCUAUUGACCAGGACCCCAAGACCUCCCUGACCCAGCGCGACCUGCUGGGAUUUGCGUACCAAGUGGCGCGUGGUAUGGACUACCUCGCUGCUAAGAAGUGCGUGCACCGUGACCUGGCGGCACGCAACGUGCUCGUAUGCCAAGACCGCGUGCUGAAGAUCGCAGACUUCGGCCUGGCGCGGGACAUCCACAGUCAGGACUACUACAGGAAGACUUCAGAGGGGCGCCUUCCUGUCAAGUGGAUGGCCCCUGAGGCCUUAUUUAAACGGGUCUACACCUCCAUGAGUGAUGUGUGGGCGUUUGGGAUCCUGUUGUGGGAGAUCAUGUCGCUGGGCGGCACCCCGUACCCUUCUGUGCCGUCAGUGGAGAACCUCUUCAAGCUGCUCAGGGAGGGCCACCGCAUGCUCAAGCCCCACUACUGCACCACCGAGACGUACGUGCUUAUGAAGGAAUGUUGGCGCUACAACGCGGCUGACAGACCAACAUUCAGGGACAUCCUCAACGAGCUCAGCAGGCAGCUUUCCAUGGUCACUAAUGAGGAAUACUUGGACCUGACGGUCACCCCACACCUGGACACGCCGCCCAGCAGCUACGACAGCGGCGUCACCACAGUCAUGCUACCGCAGUAGAUCCUAUACGAUCCCAUAGAUCCUAUAAGAUCCUAUAGAUCCUAUACGAUCCUAUAGAUCCUAUACGAUCCUAUAGAUCCUAUACGAUCCUAUAGAUCCUAUACGAUCCUAUACGAUCCCAUAGAUCCUAUAAGAUCCUAUAGAUCCUACACAAUCCUAUACGAUCCUAUAGAUCCUUUACGAUCCCAUAGAUCCUAUAAG